UCUCCGACAUCAGAGAUUCAAACCUACACCAGUUACCGCCAGUCCGGGAGAACCAGCUCCACGUCCAGUCUGGGACAGUCAGGCAGCUGCUCCCAGGAGUGCGCCAUCUGCCGAGACAACUGCGAUGGCUGCAAGGGAUUUUUCCGCAGAAGCGUCCGCCGGAACCACAUAUAUGCCUGCAGGUUCAGCAGAAACUGUGUCGUCGACAAAGAUAAGAGGAACCAAUGUCGCUACUGUCGCCUGAGGAAGUGUUUCCGGGCCGGCAUGAAAAAGGAGGCUGUGCAGAACGAACGGGAUAGGAUCAGUGUGCGACGCACAAGCUACGAGGACGUGUCUCCGACCAGCUCCCUGUCUAUUGCCACACUGGUACAGGCGGAAACUGCUUCCAGGCUUCAGGGCGCUGCCAGUCUGUCUGCCCGGGCCAAGGGACGACGCUCUGCCACGCUCGAGGAUGUGGUCGAGUCGAUGAGACAGCAGCUGUUGCUUCUUGUGGACUGGGCCAAGAGGAUUCCUUGCUUCAUAGAGCUUCCUUUGGAUGACCAGGUAGCUCUUUUAAGAGCGCAUGCUGGCGACCACCUGAUCCUGGGCGUGGCCAAGCGGUCAAUCCCUCUGUCCGACAUCUUGUUGCUCAGCAACGAGUCUGUGAUAACCCGGCGGAGUCCAGACGUGGACGUGGGGCACAUCGCCGGCAGAAUUCUCGACGAGAUCGUCACGCCAAUGAGGGACAUCCGAGUCGACGACUCCGAGUAUGCUUGCCUCAAGGCUCUGGUCUUCUUUGAUCCCGUGGCGGAAGGAUUAAGCAACAGCGCGGUGGUGAAACAGUUCCGUUACCAAAUCCAGGUCAACUUGGAGGACUACAUCAACGACCGGCAGUACGACAGCCGGGGCCGGUUCGGGGAGAUCCUUCUUCUGUUGCCCUCAAUCCAGAGCAUCUGUCUCAAGCUGAUCGAGCAGGUGCAGUUUGUCAAACUGAUGGGCACCACAAAGAUCGACAACCUGCUUCAGGAGAUGUUGCUCAGUGGAUCAAACGCAGCCAUGAUAGACCCACUUCUGAGCGAUCACGUUCUAUCAGACGCUGAUGACCUCAUAGCCGCCUCUUCUCCAAUGGAAGACAUGAUGGAUGGCAUCCACGCAGACGAGGCCUUAAACCUAAUCACCAUUCCCCCAGAAGCGGAGCCUAGCUCUGCAGACGAGAUCCCAAAUCUGGAAGCUAGUCGUAUCAUGAUGAACCUGGCCCAGCAGUCCACCUCUGAGUUGAAGGCCACACAGGAGAUGACAAUGAGUUCUGAAGUCAGUGACAUGGCGGUUUCUUAUCAUGGGGAAAAGACCCCUGUGAGUCCGUCUUUGGAAUCACCGUCUUUGGUGAGCAAUGUCACACUCGCUGACCUGGUCAAGUUUGCCGGAAAUAAAACCCAUGUGAGGGUGAAGGUCGCGUACCCACCGUACAAGAAAGGUGGCCAGAGUUUUAAGAUAGAGAGUGUCUAA